AUGAAGAUACCACCCGGUUUGGCUGUGUCACAACCAGGUUUGGUUUGUAAAUUACAAAAAUCUCUAUAUUGGCUUAAGCAAGCAAGCAGGCAAUGGAACAUUAAGCUCACUCAGACUCUUGUGGAUGCUGGUUAUAAGCAGUUUUUUGAUGAUCAUUCACUCUUCAUCAAGAAACAAUCUGAAAGCUUCACUGCCAUUCUAGUAUAUGUUGAUGACUUGGUUUUAACCGGGAAUGACAUUGGUGAAAUCAAUUCCAUCAAGCAAGAUUUGGAUGACAAAUUCAAAAUAAAGGAUCUUGGUGAUCUCAAAUACUUCUUGGGAAUAGAAGUAGUACGCUAUAACUCUGGAAUUCACAUUUAUCAGCGGAAGUACACCAUGGACCUUCUCAGAGAUUUUGGUUAUCUAGAUUGCAAGCCUCUCUCUACUCCAUUUGAUUAUAGUCAGAAACUCUCAAAGGAAUCAGGUACCAUUUUAACAGACAACACUGUUUACAGACAGCUCAUCAGCCGACUCCUUUACCUCACAAACACUAGACCCGAUAUCUCUUAUGAUGUGGGACGUUUGAGCCAAUUUUUGGACUGUGCAACCACUUCUCACCUACAGGCUGCUUUUCGUGUACUCCGAUAUUUAAAAGGCCAACCUGCAACUGGUCUCUUCUUCUCCUCUACUUCUAAUCUGCAUCUCACUGGAUUUGCCGAUGCUGACUGGGCUACCUGUGCCGAUACUCGUCGCUCCGUUUUCGGUUAUUACUUCAUGCUUGGGAACUCGCUCAUUAGCUAG